AUGGGUUCCAUUGGUUACAAGGUGCCAGACGACCAAUAUGCUCAUCCGUUGAUAUCAGAAAGAGCUAUCGACGAACCGAGACCUCUCAGAGUGAUUUAUGUUGGCGCGGGGGCUUCUGGGAUUUGUGCCGCGAUUCGCUUUCCUCAAUUUGUACCAACAGUGGAGCUUGCCAUCUAUGAGAAGAACCCGGACGUGGGUGGGACAUGGUUUGAGAACAGGUAUCCUGGUUGUGCGUGUGAUAUUCCAGCCCAUUCAUAUCAGCUGAGUUUCGAAUCUGAAGUCAAAUGGAGCAAAUUCUAUGCUGGAGCCCCUGAAAUCCUGGAAUACUGGAGAAAAGUGGCGGACAAGUACGACGUCAAGAAAUACAUGAAGUUCAAUCACCGAUGUAUCGAGGCACGGUGGAACCAGGAAACGUCCAAAUGGCAUGUCAAAUUUCGAAAACUAGACUCCGAUGAAAUUGUGGAGGAUAUUGGUGACGUUUUUAUGACUGGAAUUGGAGUGCUCAACGAGUGGAAAUGGCCAGAUAUCAAAGGAUUACAUGAUUUCAAAGGAAAACUACUACACAGCGCAGAUUGGGACUCAAAUUAUGACGUGACGGGUAAGAAUGUGGCUGUGAUCGGGGCUGGCAGCAGCGGUAUUCAGAUUGUCCCUUCAAUACAACCCAAAGUCAAAUCCAUGGAUCACUACGUACGAGGACGGACAUGGAUCGCAGCCACUUUCGGCAACGAACUUGUGCGAGAACGAAAUAAUGGAGAAGAUGGGAAUUUUGACUAUACGAACGAGGAGAUGGAGGCAUGGAAGAAUGACCCAGAAUCCUAUCUCAAAUACCGAAAGGCGCUUGAGGUCGGAAUGCAAGGAUGCUUCGCCCUGACCCAUCGAGGAACAAAAGAACAUGAAGGGGCUUGGGCAGCAUUCAAGCAGGACAUGAACCAACGAUUGCAGAAGAAACAUGAGAUUGCUGAUCACCUCAUUCCAGAAUUUCCACCACUUUGCAAACGACUCACUCCGGGACCAGGCUAUCUGGAGGCUCUGGUUGCCGACAAUGUUAACGUGAUUCCGACGAAGAUAUCUCAUGUCGAUGAGACAGGGAUCACCACGACUGAUGGUAAACACCGACCGGUGGAUGCCAUGGUGUGCGCCACAGGCUUCGACGCUUCAUUCCAAGGUCGUUUCCCCAUCUACGGACGUGGAGGACUCAACCUUCAAGAUCGAUACAAAAUCCGGCCAGAAACCUACCUGACAGUCAGCACCGAUCAUUUCCCCAAUUUCUUUCAGUCUAUGGGCCCCAAUUCCGGGGUAGGUAAUGGCAAUUUAUUGAUCAUCAUUGAAGCCAUCUCGCUCUACGUCGGGCAAAUCCUGCAGAGACUGGCUCAGGGAAAUGUGAAGACGAUCGAGCCAAAGAGAAAACAAGUCGAGAAUUUCACCAAUUACUGCGAUGCUUAUUUCAAGAGGACGGUCUUCUCGGCCGAAUGUGGAAGUUGGUACAAGACAUCACCGCCAGGUACGACUCCAGAGGAGCGAAAGAGAGGUCGAGUGACGGCUCUCUGGCCAGGAAGCAGUAUUCACGCCGUCAGAGCUCUGGAGAAGGUCCGAUUUGACGACUUUGAGAUGACUCCAUUUGAUGGUAAUGAGUUUGGAUGGUUUGGUGAUGGAUGGGCGACAGCCGAGAGAACAGGUGACGUGGAGGGGUUGACUUGGUAUCUUAACGAGACCAAAUUCACACAUGACCCUCUGGAUAAGGGAGAGAAGCUGGUCGUGGACGAUGAGAAGAUGGUGAAAAAGGCGGAUGGGGAGGGGAUGUCUAAUGGGGAGGCUGCGACGGAUUAUCGAGCCCCUGAUGGAAUUGCCGCAACAUAA